AUGUCAGCCGACAAUCACACCUUUUUCGUGCCUCUCACCUUCAUCCUAACUGGCAUCCCUGGUACGGAGGAGUCUCACUUCUGGCUCGCCAUCCCCUUCUGUCUGAUGUACGUUACUGCUCUUUUGGGGAACUCUCUCCUCCUCUUCAUCAUAGUGACAGAGCGAAGCCUCCAUGAGCCCAUGUACCUUUUCCUCUCCAUGCUGGCCGCUGUAGAUCUGCUGUUGUCAACUACCAUAGUGCCCAAGAUGCUGGCCGUGUUCUGGUUCGGUGCAGGGGAAAUUUCUUUUGCUGCCUGCCUCACCCAGAUGUUCUUCAUCCAUGUCAGUUUUAUCGCCGAGUCGGGCAUCCUGCUGGCCAUGGCGUUUGAUCGGUACGUUGCCAUCUGCAACCCCCUGAGAUACACCACCCUGCUCUCCAAGCCUGUGAUCGGGAAGAUCGGGCUGGCGGUUCUCACAAGGAGUUUCUGUCUCGUUUUCCCUUUCAUAUUUCUUGUGAUGCGGCUGAGGUUUUGCAGAACCAACCUCCUGCCACAAACCUAUUGUCAGCAAAUGACCAUCGCUCGGCUGGCCUGCGACAACGUCACAGUCAACUUCUGGUACGGCGUCGCUGUGGCUUUUUUAGUAAUCGGCUUGGACGCUGUGCUCAUCGCUGUAUCUUAUGUGGUGAUCCUCCGGGCCGUCUUCCGGCUGCCAUCGAAGGACGCCCAGCUGAAAGCUCUGCGUACCUGCGGCUCCCACGUCUGUGUCAUACUGUUGUUCUACAUACCAUCCUUUUUCUCCCCUUCCGCAUACCAAUAUGGGCAUGCCAUCCCUGGUUAUAUUCUCAACCUACUGGCCAAUCUCCAUGUGCUGCUUCCGCCCAUGUUAAACCCCAUCAUUUAUGGGGUGUCAACAAAAGAGAUCCUGAAAUGUUUGAUCAAAGUAUUCUUUCGGAGCUAUGGAAGAAGCUUCCCGUUGAGCUGA